GACCUAGGACACAAAAGAGUGAACACUUCUAAAAUGGCUAAAAAGAGAGGAGAGGUAGCAUUGCAAGAAGAAAUUGUAGACGAAGAUAGUUGGAACGCGCUCCGUAUGAAGCAAGGGCUAAUAGUUGUCGAUGUCUAUCAAGAAUGGUGUGGUCCUUGUUCCGCUGUUGUUGGUCUGUUCAAACGACUCAAAACAGAAAUAAACGACGAUUUAUUGCAUUUUGCUGUUGUAAGAGCAGAUACUGUUGAAACGUUUGAACUAUAUCGAGGGAAAUGCGAACCAUAUUUUCUAUUUUUUGGAGGUGGAUGCCUUGUUGCAGCAGUAAAAGGAGUUAAUCCUCCAGAGUUGGAGCAGUGUGUCUUGAGUAAGUUGAAGCAGGAACACGACGUUAUAAGUGGCGAAGCUGAAAGGGUUGAGAUCCGUGAUCCUAUGGUUAUCGCUAGAGAACUGAAAGAGGCGGAGAUUAAACAAAAAAGGGAGGAGGAGGAGGAGGUUGAACAGGAACUUACCUUAGCAGUACUGAAACCUGAUGUUGUGCAGUCUGGGGUAGCAGAACAAAUUAUUAGAGAACUCGAAGAAAAAGGUAUUCAAAUACUCGAGAGCCAAGAACAUUUAUUUACCACUGAAGAGGCUGAAAUCUUCUAUGAAAAUGUUAAAGAUCAGCCUUAUUUUCAAGAUCUUGUUGGAUUUAUGACAUCUGGUCCAAGCAAAAUUAUAGUCUGUGCAAUAAAAGGCAAGCAGGGCAUUAUUGACAAGCUAAGGGGACUAAUUGGACCGUCGAUUUUUGAAAAGGAUUCAGAGGAAAUGAAUGAAACGAUAAGGGCAAAAUAUGGUACUGGAAUAAUCAAGAAUGCGAUCCAUGCAUCAAGCUCUAAAGAAGAGGCUACAAGAGAACUAGCGUUUUUCUACCCAGGUUACGAGCCGCCAGUUAUUACAGUGAAACGUACCCAAUCAGUUGGUAAAGGAUAUGAAGAAACAGUUUAUGGCACUGGAAAACAUGGAAUCGAACGAACAGUUGCAGUAUUACGGCCACAAGCUUAUGAAUUAUAUAAAGAUGAAAUAGUAAAACAAAUUAAAAAUGCUGGAUUUACCAUAGCACUGGAGAAAGUUAUACAGCUGACUAAAGAACAAGUAGAAGAAUAUUAUAAAGAACAUAUUGGACAACCAUAUUUUGGGGAAUUAACUACUGUAAUGUCCAGUGGUCCAUGUUUAGCUUUAUUAUUAGCUAGAGAAGAUGCUGUCGCUAAAUGGAGAGAAAUGUUAGGACCAGCAAGUGUUAGUGAAGCCAAAUCCACAGCUCCUGGAUCAUUACGUGCUCAGUUUACCAUGAAAUCACCGACUAAAAUGACCAGUGGGAAAAGUGAAGGAAUCAACCUUAUACAUGGAUCAGCUAACGAUCAUGAAGUGGAGAAAGAUAUUAAUGUAUUUUUCCCGGUGGAAAAAACAAUUGCAGCGAUUAAACCCGAUGCAUACGCUAAUCGAGAUGAAAUUAUUGAAAGGAUUGAAUCAGCUGGUUUUCACGUGGCAGCACGUAAACAAACGACUCUUACUAAGGAUAUAGCUCAAAAACUAUAUGAAAAUUGCUCUGGUCAACCAUUUUACAAUGAUCUAGUUAAUCAUAUGGUCAGUGGUCAGACUUUGUUCAUGGUUUUGACGAGAAGUAAUGCAAUUUCCGGUUGGCGGCAACUGAUGGGACCAACAGAUCCAAACAAAGCAUCUGACGAGUCAUCAGAAAGUAUCCGUGCAAUUUACGGUAGAGAUAUUCUUCGUAAUGCAGUUCAUGGAUCAUCUAACAAAGACGAAGUUCAACGGAUUCAGAAUUUAUUAUUCACCGGUAUCGAAGCUAAUGAAGAAAACCAAACGAUGUCGUCAAGAAGUAGUAGACGAGAUUCAAUAAAUGAAGAAAUGGAUAUGGAUAAAGCUCACUCAUAUGCAGUUAAAGAAGAGCAAGAAGCUGAAUCAGCUAGAUCACAAGAAAAUGAAGAAAUAAAAGAUGAGGAAAAUAUGUUAAAUACACAGAAAGUAAAUGAUGAAGAAAAUAUACAAUCGGAGAAGCAACAAUUUACAAACUCUGAUGAUAAAAUACAACAUGAAGAAAAUGAAUUAACUGAAAUCAUAACUGAUACAAUGCCAAUAGGAGAAAGUGUAGAAAAAAAUGAAACAAGUAGUUCUAGUUCAUCAGACCCACGAGGCCUAGUUAUGUGAAGAAUGAGAAAAAUAUCACCAAAUGAAUCAGACAACAAAUUAAUUCAGUGAAAGGUCAGACAAAUUCACCUUGACCAAGAAUAAAUUGACAUUAACAUUAUUCAGACGUAUUGUGAUAUUGAUUGUACUAUUCUGUAUUGUUUCCUUUGUACUAUUUAAACUUAUGUUAAUUGAAUUCGGUUAUUCAUUUACUCUGAAGAAAUGGCUUACAUUCAGUCACAAAACAUUGGCAAAAAUAUGUUUAUUACUAACUUUCUGUAGAUACAUGUAUAAUCAAAUAAAUGUCAAAUAAGCAUAAUUUAACGCGAUAUCGUUUGAGAAUAUAUUUACUAAAAAAAAACAUAAUGUUUCUUGAAAUGGGCAUCUCUUUAUUUUAAUAUUAGUAGAACAAUAUAAAUUAUAUGGAAUGGACCAUGUUCUUUGACACAAUCAAAGGUCGACAGGUAUCCCUUUCAUGUUACCACCAACUGUGUAUACAAAUUUACAUGUACCUGCCAAAGCAGUUACAUUGGUAGAACAGAAAGGAGAGCCUACGUCCGAUUCAAAGAACAUAUUCCGAAAAGUUUAAGGUUAAAUGGAUUGAACACAUUCAACAGUGCUAUCGCAAGACAUCUCCUUGAUACAUGACAUAAAGCUGAUAUACUGAAGUCCUUCAAGGUGAUUAACAAACAAUCAAACUCGAACCUUUUGAAAUUCGCUGAAGCGUUAGCAAUCAAACGUUUGAAACCAGAUCUAUGUAUACAAAAAGAGACAGUAAUAAAUCUUUCUUUACCCUGGUAACAAUAACCCCCACUCUUUCUAUUAAUUUGCUCCUAUUUAUUUAUUUAUUUAUUUAUUACGUCAUUAUUGCAACUCUUUCUGAAAUAUAAAUUACAUCAUACAUAAAUGAUUGGUUUCAAUUCAUAUUUUCUUUAUUACCAUUAAUCUAUUUUCAUGAGUUCUAAUCACUAUUUCAAUGUUCCAGAACUUUCCCUCUCAAACUUUAUUUAUUUAUUGGAAUCAAACAUUUUAUGAGCUCAUUAACUCUAUCUGAAUCUUUGCUUGCUAGAUCAUCAUACACAUGUAUUGAUCCUUAAUCACACUCUUAUAUAUAAAUAUGUCAAUAUCUGUAAUAAUUUGAAUUUUCAAAUAAUUUAGGUUGUAAGCAGCUGAUGAGAACCUAACGAAAUAAAAUGAAUUCAUAUUAUUCUGCACCAAUCUUUGUUCUUGCUCUAUUUAAGAUAUCUUUCCGAUAAACAAAAAGAGAUCAUUCAUUAAUGAAUGUCUAUUUUGUCAUAUUGUGUACAAAACCUAAAUCUUCUUCAUUAGCAAUGGAAAGUUGUAAAUUGAAGGGUUGUAUUGUUUUGAUGCUGAUCCGAAAUCUAUAAUCCUUGUGUUUUUGAUAUGGUUGAACUUAAAGGUUGGGUUCGUAAAACUCAGGGUAAGUGAAACUGUCAACUCAUAUCAUUAUUACAAGACCUAUAAACUAACAAGUUAUAAAACACUUCACAAUUAUAUUAUUCCGCUCAAACACUUGUCUGUAUCACAACACUCGAUUAAAGUCUUCCAUUUGAUAUACACAUUUAUGUCAACAUUCCUGCAUGAAAUAUAUGUUUUAUACUACAAACUGGAUUUUGUAAUUUCAUUACGAAAUGUGAAAAUUUUCACAAAAUUUAGUCACUGAUUUUAUAAACACUUGUGAUGAUGUGCACCACACAUUUGUUACACCUUAUGCUUUCUUCUAUACUUUUGUUAUAUAUUUCAUUAUUGUACUAAGAUAAACAACACCGACAAUUAAGUUUCUUCACUGUUGUACAUUUUUUCAAGCACAAUUAGUAGGUAUGUAAGUAUGUGAUGUUUGUUUACGCCUAAUGAAUUGAAUAAAUUAAUGAUUUGAGAUUAUUUUACGUGUAAAUGGUUUGGUAAUCACUCGGUUUACUAAAAAAAUAUAUACCCCAAGUCUAAACUAUUUGAUAAAUUCAUUUUAAGUUUAAACCUACCAACUUUUUAACAAUAACCUUGUCAUUUUAUUAUCUGAUUUCUGAAGAAAACUAUUCAUGAUUUGACCAAUAAAAGUAGUGUAGUUACAAACAAAAAAUCAGUAAAGCAUUCUACAAUUGCAUCUCCAUAUUUACUGACUACUUUAAUUUAUAAUACUCAAUGUCUUUUCUGUCAAAUUAGUUUAUUAAGAUUCGAAUCUUCGAAUGAACAUUCCUUAUCUCUUCUAUUUCUGUUCUAUUUAAAAACGAGCUUUUAUUUAAUCUACAAUUAAAUGAAAAUUGGAUGUAAACCUAUUGUUAUAUUGUUAUAGGUCAAGGAUAACUAAUCAAUUAUUUAAUGUUCUAAAUAGUCCUGAAUUUACUCAGUCAAUGGAUGAAAUAAACAGUGAAAUGAAAGUUUGCCACCUAUAUGGCAAAUACACUACUUACUUUUAAAAUUGAUAAAUAUAAUAAUAUACUACCCAAAUCUAGUUUUGACUAGUUAAUAAUUACCUGAACUCCGUCCGGUGCUGGUGAGUGGCCUAUGAUCCUCCACAAGGGGUAACCGGCGUAAGUAAGUAAUAAUCACCUGAAGUUGAUACCAUUCUUAUCCAGUCACUAAUUACUAAUUGUUGAAUGUAUGCAUGGUUGUCACAGUUUAAACUGUUAAAUUCUAAAAUGUAAUAACUCAUAAGUUAGUGCUAAGAUUUCAUAUUUGCUAAUUAGUUGUUUGUAUUAAAUCUUAUGUUAAUUUUAUCUUACAGAUACAUAAAUACUGAAUCAAUGGGAAAGAUUUGAAUGAUCUUGUAUACCUUUUUUAUAAAAGAUCAAAUGUAAUACAAUUCAGUUGUUAUUUAUUAUAAUAAAGAGUUUUUCAAAUGA